AUGAAAUUUUUUUUAUUUAUUACAUUCUUUAUAUUUAUAGUAAAAUCGUUAUCUAUAAAUAAUCAAGAAAAUGAUAAUUUUGAAAGUUUAGUUGAUAAUACUAAAGUUAUUGUAAAAAGAGUGCCAGGAAACAUAUUAAAUGAUAGUUCAGAAAAAUUUUAUAACAUAAUAAGUAGAAAAAAAAGAUAUGUAAAUGUUUAUAGAGUUCGUCCAUGGACAAAAUUAAUACCAUAUUAUGUAGAUAAAGGUGUUGAUAGAGGAUUAGUAUUUAACAUAUUAAAAAAUAUUGAAUUGGAAACAUGUUUGCGAUUCAAAUCUGUUGACAAAAAGUCUAGAAGAAAUGUACCACUUAUUUAUAAAUUUAUUAAAACAUGUAGUUAUCCAAAAUCAAAUAGAUUUAUACAUAAUUAUGUUGAUCCAAAAUGUCAAACAGUUGGAUAUUCUUAUAGAGAAACAUUACAUAUGUUAGGAUUAGUUUAUGAACAUCAAAGAAGACAUAGAGAUAAAUAUGUAUUUAUCAAUUACAAAGUCAUCGAUAGAAAAUCAAAAAAAUAUUUUGAUAGAGUGGUUGUUAGCGCAAUGGAUAGAGAUGAAUAUGGUUAUGAUUAUGGUUCAGUUAUGCAUCCUGAUGAACAUUUUCUUGCAACAAAAAAUGUAAUAACUUUAUUACCAGCUAAUUUUUUGUUUAGAAGAACAAUAGGACAGGAUGUUUAUCCUUCAUUUCUUGAUUUUAAAAAAAUAAAUAAAUAUUAUUGCAGUAAAGAAUGUAAACAAAAGAUAAAAUGCCAAUUUGGAGGAUAUCAACAUCCUGAAGUGUGCGUUAUAUGUAAAUGUGUAUUUGGCCAUGUUGGACCAUUUUGUGAAAGAUUUAAUAAACCAUCACGAAGAUGUCCUACUCCUAUAAUUGCUGCAACUGGAACUAGAAAAAUUUUACAUGCCAUGGGAUAUAAAGAUUGUGCUUAUCUUCUUAAAGCUAGUACAGGAAAACGUAUUGGUCUUCAAGUUCAUAGUGGACGUAUAUUUCCAUUAUCACAACCUUUUUGCUCUCCUGACAAUACCUUAGAAAUUAAACAUUUAGCUGAUAAACUUCCUACAGGUGUACGAUUUUGUGGAGAAUUAGCUAAAACUAAUAUGAUUUCACAAACUAAUAUAGUAUACAUUUAUUAUAAGAGUAGAAACGCUAACAGCAAAUUUGUUUUAACAUUCAAAGAGUUUUAA